AUGAAGAAUGAGCAACUAUGUGUGAUGGCUGAGGAACAAGAAAUCGAUCCUGUUGUUGAUGUGCUUCUGCGAGAAUCAGAUCUUUUGAUAAAUGAUACCCCCUUGGAUAAUGCUCGUGAACAGUUCAACAGGGAUACAAUUAUAUUAUUGCUAGGACUGGGCUUAGCAGGUGAAGAAAUUCAGCUGUUUCAAAGGCAUGAAAUAGGUUUGGAAAAAUUGAGUACCCUGACUGCCAGUGAUCUUGAUUACAUAGGAAUUACAUCAGACAAGAAGAAGAAAAAAAUAUUGGAUUGCAUUCGCAAAUUUAAUAAAGGUCAAAAAUUAAAUUCAACCCAAGAUGCAACUUCAGAAACUGACUUUAAACCUGAAGAUGCUCAAGCUAUGGAUAAUGUAUUGCGACACCAGCAAACACUAGUAAAAAUAAUACCGUACUUGAAACGCAGUAUAAACACAAAGUGUGAAAAUGUAUUUUUUCAGCCUGGGAUCUCUGUUAAUCAUACAUUUGAGAAAGUAGUAUUUUGCUCUGUACAACAAGCGUAUCAAGUUCAUGAUCAGUUGUGCAAAUAUCUUCAAGAAUUGGAACAGGAGGUUAAAUGUCAGCAAAAGAAAACAAAUAUAUUCCACUGGCCAUCAAAAUCUAGGAAGUGGUGUAUUCUUGCUCUUCUUGCUGGCUCGUGUAUUUCAUUGGCAGUGUGGGGUUCUCGAAAAGGUGGCGUUUCAACGUAUUUGAAGACUUCCCAUUUACAUUUUCAUACACUCAUCAAAGGCUGAUCUUUUAAUGAACCAUAUUUAAUUUAAAUAAUUUAUUUUGAAGUCAAACGGGUUUCUUUUUUUUUUACCACUUGUUUUUCAACCAUGAUUUUAUGUUCCAAUAUUGUUACGUGGACAAUUAUUUGGUUGUUCCUUUACAGAAUAAAACACCAGAUAAUUUUAUGAUGGGGUUCAAAUGCUUGGCCAAAAUGAAUUGAUUUACACAGUUUAUGUGGCUUUAUAAUAAAGUUUAUAAAAUUUUUUUUUUGAGUGAAUCCUUAAUCUCCCAUUGGUUUCUCUUUUCCUUAAUUUUUUAUAUAGAUUCACACUAUGAAAUUGAAUAUCUGAGACUUUAUUUACCUAAACAAAAGAAAGUUAAGACAAAUUUAGUGUGAAAGAUAAAUAUCUGCGAAGACUUGAAUUUAUUCUGUAGAUAGAUGUGUGCUAAAUAACUACAGCAUGUAAUUUACACAUGAGGUAGAAGACUUAUGGUGGUACUACACGUUAUGUAUUCUUUACAUAGAAUGUAGAGAAAUUAUUUUUAUUACAUUUUUUUACCAGCUAAUGGAUUUUUGAUCUUAUUUGCAAAGAUCCUUUCAAUUUCUGAUAUGUGGCUAAACUUCAGUUAUAACUACCAAAAUGCUUGAUCUCGUCAUAGUCAAUUUUGUGUGUAGUAACAAGAAUAGUGAAACUACAUUUAUGUUUCACACGUAUUGUAUUUACCCCAUUGUAAGUAGCCCUUUUUUCCCCUUGUUUGUAUUUCAAAAAUUGACCCUUGGCUUAGAACUGGUAUCAUGGUGUUGCUAGAAUGUAGCUGACACCAGACAUCCGUAAAGACAACCAUAUUUUUUGUUGGCCCUGCAGCAGACACGUUAGGAAGUACAGUACAAUUCUGCAUGAAGCUACCACAUGCAUUAAUUUGAAAUAUAUAUUAUUCUCAGAAUUUUAAUCAGAGUGACAGUUGGGGUAAAGUGGUGUUGCCACUUGCGACACGGAGGUUCUGGCCACCAAGCCCGGGACUAACUCCAGAAGUCAUUCUUUUUCAGUGAUCUCGGGCUAGUCUGUUGCGAGUGUGUGCUUGGAUAGAUGCUGCAUGAAAAAGUAUUCCUAGAGACGUUGCAAGGGCUUUUAAAAAGUGUUCAAUCUCAAAUGCCCUUGACGGCAGCGAAGAUGAUGACUUCCUUUUCAUGGACAAAAGUGAUAUAAAGCCAAGUGAAGAAACUGAGUCGCCCAAUGACUGUGUCUGAGUUAAUGAUCUCUAAAAUGUAUAGAAAUCAGUAGUGUGAGUGAGUUAAGCAUCAAAUGUAUUUCUUACGUUUAAAUAAAUAAAUUUCUUUUUUUUCCCCCUGUUCAUGG